AUGAAUACAACAGGAUUAUCAUUAAAUGGCAGACAAUGGGGAGUUACUCCUCCAGUAUCAAUGGCAGGACCUACGGAACAAGAAAUUAUGAUUAAUGGGGCGUUGAUUGAUGAGUUAAAACGAAGAAAAAAUUUUGAAUCUCCAGAAGAAUCAGAUAAAAGAGCUAGAGUUUUAGGAGAACUUCAGAAAAUUACACUUGAAUUUGUGCAAAAAGUAAGCUUAGAUAAACAUAUGACAGAAAAUAUGGCGCGUGAUGCAGGUGGUAAAAUAUUUACAUAUGGAAGCUAUCGCCUUGGAGUCUAUAGUCCUGGGUCUGAUAUUGAUACAUUAAUGGUUGUGCCAAAACAUGUUACUCGUGAAAAUUUUUUUACAGACUUUGAACAAAUUCUUCGGAAUAGACCUGAAGCAACAGAAAUAACGGCAGUUCCCGACGCUUAUGUUCCUAUUAUAAAAUUUAAAUUUUGCGGUAUUCCUAUUGAUCUUAUUUUUGCUAGAUUAGCUCUUUCUCAAGUUCCUAUGGAUCUUACACUUGAAGAUAAUAACUUGUUGAAAAAUGUUGAAGAGAGAUGUGUUUUAUCUUUGAAUGGGACCAGAGUUACAGAUGAGAUUUUGAGACUCGUUCCUAACCCUACUAUUUUUAAACAUGCUUUGAGAGCUAUAAAACUUUGGGCUCAAGAACGGGCAAUUUAUUCGAAUGUUAUGGGCUUUCCUGGCGGCGUAGCAUGGGCCAUGCUUGUUGCAAGAAUUUGUCAAUUAUAUCCUAAUGCAGUUUCUGCUGUUGUUGUUGCAAAAUUUUUUCGAAUUCUUUCUCAAUGGAAAUGGCCUCAGCCAGUUUUAUUAAAACCUAUAGAAGAUGGUCCACUUCAAGUACGUGUAUGGAAUCCAAAAAUUUAUAAAGGAGAUCAAGCACAUCGUAUGCCUAUUAUUACUCCUGCAUAUCCAUCUAUGUGUUCAACUCAUAAUAUAACAGAAUCAACUCAAAAAGUUAUUAUCAAUGAAAUGAAUCGUGCAGGUGAUAUUGCUGACAAAAUUCUUAUUGGAUCUCUUCCUUGGUCAAAGCUAUUUACAAAACAUACCUUUUUUCAUCAAUAUAAAUAUUAUCUGGUAAUUAUAGCUGCAUCAAAAAAUGCGGAAACUCAACUUAAAUGGUCUGGUUUAGUAGAAUCAAAGGUACGCCAAUUAGUAUUAAGACUUGAAUAUGUAGAUGAAAUUAAACUUGCCCAUCCUUUUAAUAAAAGUACCGAUUUAGUGCAUUAUUGUAAAACAGAAGAAGAGGCUAAUGGUGUUGCUCGUGGUGAAUUAACGGCUACUAAAAUGGAAAAUAUAAACAUGCAACAAACAGCGAAAGAAAUGGAAAGUAUAUCUAAUCGGGAUAUAGAAAAUGCACAAAAUAAUUUAAUAUUGGUUUAUACGACAACUUGGUAUAUUGGAUUAGAAGUGGAUAAAAAAGAUGGUUCUAAAAAACUAGAUAUUUCUUGGCCAUCUCAAGAAUUUUAUGAAAUGUGUAGAAAAUGGGAUAAAUAUAAUAUCGAAACUAUGAAUGUUGUUAUCAAACAUAUUAGGAAUUUUGAUUUGCCAGAUAAUGUUUUUGUAGAAGGAGAACAGCGACCAGUUCGAACUUUAAAAAAAAUUAAGAAAAGAAAGUUGCAGUCUGAUGAAAAAAAAGAUAACAUUUCCGAAUCUCCUGAUAAAGCAGUUAAAAUAGAAUCUGCCGUUUCUAUUCGUGCUUAA